AUGGCUAAUUAUCUCGCCUCCAUUUUCGGUACCGAGCAGGACAAAGUCAACUGCUCCUUCUAUUACAAGAUUGGCGCCUGUCGCCACGGCGAUCGAUGCUCGCGCAAGCAUGUGAAGCCCUCCUACUCGCAAACAAUCCUGAUGCCCAACAUGUAUCAGAACCCUGCCUACGACCCCAAGAUCAAAAUGAACCCCAGUCAGCUCCAGAAUCACUUCGAUGCUUUCUACGAAGACGUCUGGUGUGAGAUGUGCAAAUACGGCGAGCUGGAGGAGUUGGUCGUCUGUGACAAUAACAAUGACCGUAAGUUUCGAGUGCUUGAGUUCCACCUGAUUUUCUGCCCUUUAUGUUCCAUGAACCCGAGACUGACCGUUCUGUCCUGUCGUUUGGCCGCAGACCUUAUUGGCAACGUCUACGCUCGAUUCAAGUACGAAGAAGAUGCGCAAGCUGCAUGCGACACGCUCAAUUCCCGGUGGUAUGCCGCGCGACCGAUAUACUGCGAGUUAUCACCGGUGACAGAUUUCCGAGAAGCAUGUUGUCGAUUGAAUAGUGGUGAAGGCUGUGUCCGCGGAGGGUUCUGCAACUUCAUUCAUCGCAAAGACCCUAGUCCAGAAUUGGACCGAGAGCUUCGCUUGAGCACAAAGAAGUGGCUCAGGGAACGUGGUCGUGACGCGCGCAGUGUCAGCCGCAGCCCAAGUCCCGAGCCCACCCGGCGGAGACACUAG